UGGGAGAUGGGGAGGCAGGAAGGAUCAUCCAGCUGUAAAUCAUUGCAAAUCUUCCUCCCGGCAGGCUGCCCUGCUUCAAUGGAGCCGCAGGGAAGAGAGCAACCGUCUUGGAGGGACGAGACCGGCCCCCCAGAUUGACUUUCCGCUGUGCGUGGCCAUGUCCCAGGGAGGCCCGUUGGAAGAGGACAUUUGGGAGUAUAAAUCCAUUCGCAAACCAAAAUGCAUGCCGCGGGGUCAGGACGCGGUGACCCCCUCCACCUCCCUGCCGCUGCCCAGCCCCCGCAAAGGAGCCGGUGGGAAGAAGAGGAGGAAAAAACCAUCGGGGAAAAAGGCCAAGCCCGAGACCAGCGAGCAGGAAGCCCCAGGUCAAGCCCUUGGCAAAGAGGACCCAAGUGGGCAGGCGCAGGAUGAUGGCACUGCUCCCGCCAAGCUGAGCGGGAGCUGUAACAAAAAACAAACGCCGCAAAAGGCCAGGCCAAUUUAUGAGGGCUACUGUCCAAGCUGCCAAAUGCCCUUCUCUUUACUCUUAGUGCAGACCCCCCGGUGGCACGUUGCUGAAUGUUUGGACGCUCCAAGUGCUGCUGGAAAAGAAUGUCCUGAUGGUUUACUGUGCAAUUCUACUAUUCCAUCGCAUUACAAGCGCUAUACACAUUUUUUUCUUGCUGCUAGUAGAGCAGGAGAUUAUUUUGUAGACUCUUCAGCACAAAGCCCAGAGAACAAGUUCGCACAUCCUAUUGCUGCUAAGUCAAGCUGCUUUCCAGGCCUCCUGGAUGAAAUCUCACAGAAUGAGAAACAAACCAAGAAUGUAAGAAAUGCCCCAAAUGAUGAUCAUACAUUUGCGGUACAGAUUUCAACACAAGCAAAAUCUCCAAGUAUAAGCAAUGUAAAUGCCUCCUUCUCCAUGAAUGUUAAAAAGCCCGAGCAGAAUCUUCCGCUCACAAAGACAGCAGAUAAUGAUUGCCAGGUUCAGUUUUUUGAUUUUCCAUUUUCUCAAGAAAGUGAAGCUGGGGAAGACCUGGACAGUCAGAAUGUCUCAAAUCAAUUAAACCCGUUACUACCAGAAGGUGAUGUCAGUGACUGUGAAAUUUCCUACUCCCCGCUUAGGAGCGGUGUAGAAAGUGUUGAAGAAACGGAGGACGAAGAGGAUGAAGAAGAGAAGGAAAUAAGAAAAUCACGAAAGAAAUUAUUUCAAGUUCAAAACUUUGAUGAAGAGAACCCUGAAAAGGAGGAAUCUAGCUGUAUGCUGUAUAACCAAUUUGAUGAUUCUCCAUUUCAGCCUGAACUUGGAUAUGACAACAUUAAAAUGGAAGGUUUUAUAAUACAAAAUGCACCUUGUAGAGAAAUGGAUGCCCAAGGCCAUUUGAAUGGUUGUGUUAGGCCAAUUUCUCAGGGUCAGACAAACAGCUCUAAUUUAGUAUGUGCUGCUGAUCAGUUAAAAUGCCCACAAGGGGCACCAAUUGCAGAAUUCUCUCUCUCUCUUAAUCAUGACAAAACUAGGAAGGAAUUUGACUGGCCAAAAUUCAGUACCUCUGUUUCUAAUACAGGUAAUUGGAAGCUACAAGAUUUUUGUGGUCAGAGUUGGGAUUCUGUAGACUUGGCUAUGAAUGCUGACUCCUUUUCUUUGAAGGUCAAAGAAGAAGGUGGCAGUCCUCCUAUGUCAAGGCAAAGUGUUAUUUUGAAGGAAUCAGGUGGUUUCUUAAUUGAUAAAGGUGAAAUGGAUAUUAACACAACAGAUCAAAUAUUAUGCCAACAGAGUUUGCAGUCAGAGGGAGAAGGAAGCCUUCCUAAUACAGCAAGUAUACCCUUUCCCAGUGCAAUCUCUAAAAUGUUGCCAUCUGCUUCUGCUGCAAAUAUCAACACCAAAGAAUUGAAACAAAUGGACAUUGGUGUUUUCUUUGGAUUAAAACCCAAAGCAACAGAAGAGAGCAAAGGAGAGAAGCAUCCUUGUGAAGGAACACAACCCUCAAGUCUACCAACUCCCAAUGGAAAGAGGCCUAAGCGACAGAAGAGGAAAGCUGAAGCGUCUGUAGGAGACGUAGAUAAAGUACCAGUCAAUUCAAAUACAAAUGGAGUUUGUGUAGGCCCAGCUGGUACACAACAGAGGUGGAGAAAAAGAUUUAGAGAAUCCUCUUAUACAGAAGAUGGAACAAGAAAAAAAUAUUGUCCUUUCUACAAAAAAAUACCAGGAACUGGUUUCACAGUUGAUGCCUUCCAGUAUGGAGAAAUUGAGGGCUGUACAGCUUAUUUCCUCACUCAUUUCCAUUCUGAUCAUUUUUGUGGUCUAACAAAAAACUUUACAUUUCCAGUCUAUUGCAACAAGAUAACUGGCAACUUGGUGAAGAGCAAACUUCAAGUGCAGGAGCAAUACAUCCAUAUAUUGCCAAUGGAUAAGGAGUGUAUGGUGAAUGGGAUCAAAGUGGUAUUGCUUGAUGCCAAUCAUUGUCCAGGUGCCACAAUGAUCCUUUUUUGCCUUCCCAAUGGAACUGUUAUACUUCACACAGGGGACUUCAGGGCAGAUCCUUCUAUGGAGCGCUAUCUUCCCCUGGCUGGUCGAAAAGUCCACACCCUUUACUUGGAUACCACAUAUUGCAGUCCUGAAUACACCUUUCCUUCCCAACAAGAGGUUAUCCAGUUUGCUGUCAAUACUGCCUUUGAGACAGUAACAUUAAAUCCACGUACUCUGGUUGUCUGUGGCAGCUAUUCCAUUGGGAAAGAAAAGAUUUUUUUAGCAAUUGCUGAAGUUCUUGGUUCUAAAGCAAGUAUGUCUCGUGAUAAAUACAAAACACUUUGCUGCUUGGAGUCAGCGGCUGUUAAUUCCAUCAUUACCAUGAAUUGGAAAGAUACUUUGCUUCACAUUCUUCCCAUGAUGCAAAUUAAUUUUAAGGGCUUGCAAAAUCAUUUGGACAAGUUCUCUGAGAAUUUUGACCAAAUUUUGGCUUUCAAACCUACUGGAUGGACUUAUUCGGAUUCCUGCCACUCGCUUGUAGAGAUCAGACCUCAGAUAAGGGGAAGGAUCACGAUAUAUGGGAUUCCUUACAGCGAGCACAGCAGCUACGUAGAAAUGAAACGAUUUGUCCAGUGGCUGAAACCACAGAAAAUCAUCCCCACUGUAAAUAUUGGUGACUGGAGAGCCAGAAAUUCAAUGCAGAAGCAUUUUAAAGACUGGAUGACUGAGGCUGCUGGAUUAGGAUGAAGUAGAUACGACUAUAUGUUGCAAGAGUAAUCCAGCAAACUGCCUUGCACGUGGAAUGCUUCUUGAAGCUAUUGUGUGUUACUUGUGUACUGGGCACGUAGGAUUACCUACUUGCCACAGUCAUGCAAAUGUUUCAGCUCAUGCAUUAAGCAGGGGAACAGUUCAUUUUGAAGUCAAAGAAACUUAUCCACCACUUAAAGUUACUUUAACAUUUGCAUGUUCAGUUCCUAAGUCUAAUAACAGUGGUUCUCAACCUUCUUAGACUCAAAGCACCACUCAUUUAUGCUUGAAGCACCCCUUGUUAGACUUGUUAGACUGCCCCUGUGUGCACUGCUCCACUUAUUUUUUGCGCAGGGUGUGUUUUUGUGGGGGAGGAGGGAGGGGGCACCACAGAUGUACCUGCAGUGCCACAUACUGCACAGCUGUGCUCAUCUGAAUGCGGCCUCUGGGUUCACGUCUACACACCUAACAGUGCUAACAUUACAUAGUGUCCUAUAGCACCCUUGAUUUUAAGGCACUCCAGAGUGCCAUAGCAGAUCAGAAUCACUGAUCUAAUAGAAGCUGGUCUUUUUAUUUCCCCAAAGCAGGAGGUCAAGUGCAAAUAGUGGUUAUAGUGAUGUAAGUUUUUUUCAGUAGUGCUCUUUUACUGAGUCCUGUGUAGUGUUAGAAAAAUUGACAGCUUGCAACUACAUACUUCAGUUUAAUAUUAGACUUAAAUGUGUAAACAAAGUUUUGUUCUGGGAUUUGAGUCCAGGCUUCAAGAAGAUAUAAAAAUUAAAGAGUGCAUUAAGAGUCCACAGUCCACAAAAAGAGUGGAUAAUCUGAAGCCUCUUUAACACUAUUUUACUGAAGGAAGCAUUUCUAUAAGCUAUGCAAAUAUAACUGGACGCUUACUAUUAUCAGUGAGAUAAGUGAUUCGGAAAUAGUUUUACUGUAUUUGCAUUUCUACCUUCUUGAAAAAAAAUAAUAUCCCCCUGUAUAAAUCAACUACACGUUUUUCAAUGAUAAGCAAUUUCAUUUAUACUUGCAUUGAAAUGUCAAGUAACAAGUAAUUUCAUCUUUAUUAAGCAGUUCAACAAUCUGAAGUUUUUGCUUUAACUAGUGCCAAAAAUGCAUGAUUGAUAUCAAUAUGUUAUGAGAAUUUCCUUCAUCAUACAAGCUAUUUAAUAUGGCAGAUCCCAAAAUCUACAUUUGGGGUCAGUCAUUGGAUCAUGACAAGCUGGAUUCGGCACUGGGGCAGGGGGUGCAAAAAAGGUUGCUUUUAUGUUCCAUCCCAAUGCUGGGGAAAAUGCAAUUAAAGCCGCUCUGUAGCCUAAUUUGUAUUGGCUGGAAACUACUCUUGAUCAUUUGUUCCACUAUUCCAGAAUCCCCAUCGUGCACUUGUUCUCUCGCUGUGCCCCCUCCUCUCUCAGAACCUAAGCAAGGUGUAGUGCAAAUCUGCAACUGAACUGACACGUUGACUUGGGACCUUGCUUGGAUAGAGUGCACCCUUAGCUAGUUUGCAGAUGACACCAAGCUGUGGGGGGCAGUACAUAUGCUGGAGAGUGUCAUGACCCAAAGGUCUGAUUUUUUUUUUUUUUUUUUUUUUUGUGUGCGCGCGCUUCGGCACUCGAAUUAUCCCUGUGGGUUUACAGCUUCAUUGCACGGAGGAGUUCUGCUGCGCAGAGAACCCGCGUGCAAAGGAGUGUUCCCGCCACUUUGCAGCGAUCUUUGCAGGGUGCAUUUCCCUUUGCAACACAGAAAUGCACGGUGCAAAGAUUUCCCGCUCGUCGUAUGAAAAUUCAUGCCCCGCAAUUGGCUAGUGCUAAAUUAUUCACACGUGGCGGCUAGCGAUUGGCCUGCUAGCCGUAUAAGAGGCUUGAGCAGUUUCCGCCCAAGCUGAAGAGGACUCCGCAUCCAUCUCGUGGGUGUGCGUGGCAGGGUAAUAGAAACCCUGUGUGUCGCUCAGAGGAGUUUGGCAGCCUGAUCCACCGCCCACCUCUUCCCGUCUUUGAACGGAGCCUACUAUAAGACGUACCGACGAGUUUAAUGCGCGCUUGUCCUGGACAUCCGGAGUUUGUCUGCGUGGAGCCUAGCAAGCUCCACGUGAUUGUUCGUGUUCUGUCUGUGUGGAGCAUUGCAACCUCCACGUGUGUUCGUGUUUUCUGUUGUAACCGCAACUCAAGCAAGUUCUCAGCCUACACCACGACCAUCUCAGUGUAAGUAAAACAAUCUUAAAAUCAA